AUGGAGCCCAACUCACUCCAGUGGGUCGGCUCACCGUGUGGCUUGCACGGACCUUACGUUUUCUACAAGGCUUUUCAGUUCCACCUUGAAGGCAAACCAAGAAUCCUGUCCCUUGGCGACUUUUUCUUUGUAAGAUGUACGCCAAAGGAUCCGAUUUGCAUAGCGGAGCUCCAGCUGUUGUGGGAAGAGAGGACCAGCCGGCAACUUUUAUCCAGCUCCAAACUUUAUUUCCUCCCAGAAGACACUCCCCAGGGCAGGAAUAGCGACCACGGCGAGGAUGAAGUCAUUGCUGUUUCUGAAAAAGUGAUUGUGAAGCUUGAAGACCUGGUCAAGUGGGUUCAUUCUGAUUCCUCCAAGUGGAGAUGUGGCCUCCACGCUGGGUCCCUGAAAGCAGAGGCCUUGGGAAGAAACGGACAGAAGGAAGCUCUGCUGAAGUACAGGCAGUCCACCCUCAACAGUGGACUCAACUUCAAAGAUGUUCUCAAGGAAAAGGCUGACCUUGGAGAGGACGAGGAAGAAACAAAUGUGAUCGUGCUCAGCUACCCCCAGUACUGCCGGUACCGCUCGAUGCUGAAGCGCAUCCAAGAUAAGCCGACUUCUAUCCUAACGGACCAGUUCGCGUUAGCCCUGGGAGGCAUCGCCGUGGUCAGCAAGAACCCCCAGAUCCUGUACUGUCGGGACACCUUUGACCACCCUACUCUAAUAGAAAAUGAGAGUAUAUGUGAUGAGUUUGCGCCGAAUCUUAAAGGCAGACCACGCAAAAAGAAAUCAUGCCCACAGAGAAGAGAUUCAUUCAGUGCUAUGAAAGAUGCCAACAACAAUUCGGAUGGCAAAGCCAUUGCCAAGGUGAAAUGUGAGGCCAGGUCUGCCUUGACCAAGCCGAAGAAUAACCAUAAUAACUGUAAAAAAGUCUCAAAUGAAGAAAAACCAAAGGUUGCCAUUGGCGAAGAGUGCAGGGCAGAUGAGCAGGCCUUCCUGGUGGCACUUUACAAAUACAUGAAAGAAAGGAAGACGCCAAUAGAACGAAUACCCUAUUUAGGUUUCAAACAGAUUAACCUUUGGACUAUGUUUCAAGCUGCUCAAAAACUGGGAGGAUAUGAAACAAUAACAGCCCGCCGCCAAUGGAAACACAUUUACGAUGAAUUAGGUGGUAAUCCUGGGAGCACCAGCGCCGCCACGUGCACCCGCAGACAUUAUGAAAGAUUAAUCCUGCCAUAUGAAAGGUUUAUUAAAGGAGAGGAAGACAAGCCCCUGCCUCCAAUCAAACCUCGGAAACAGGAGAACAGUUCACAAGAAAAUGAGAAUAAAACAAAAGUAUCGGGAACCAAACGCAUCAAACAUGAAAUCCCCAAGAGCAAGAAAGAAAAAGAGAAUGCCCCGAAGCUCCAGGAUGCCUCAGAGGUCUCUUCAGAGCAAGAGAAGGAGCAAGAACCUUUAAACCAGAAGAGCAUCCCCGAGCCUCUCCCCGCAGCAGACGUGAAGAAGAAAAUGGAAGGGUACCAGGAUUUUGCAGCCAGGCCCCUGGCAUCUACAGCAGACCCAGAAAAGGAGAACAAAGCAGACCAAGGUGGUGCCAACAGUGAGAAGAUGGCAGAGGAGGCUGGAGACAAGGGCCCCUCUCCUCCACUCCCGAGUGCCUCUUCGGCCGCCGACAGGGACCCGGGGGCUGGCAAGCAGCCUCUCACCUCUCCCAGGGCUCUGGCCGACUCAAAACCAGAACCCAAGCCCUGCCGUUUCACAGAGAGCCCCGAAAACGAACCCCAAGACGCCACCUUCCCUGGCUUCCCCGCCACGCAGCCACCGCUGGCAAACCAGAGCGAGAUGGACGAUGACAGGGCGCCCCCGAUGGCAGACUACAUUGCCAACUGCACCGUGAAGGUGGACCAGCUGGGCAGCGACGACAUCCACACUGCGCUGAAGCAGACCCCGAAGGUCCUGGUGGUCCAGUCCUUCGACAUGUUCAAGGACAAAGACCUGACGGGGCCCAUGAAUGAGAACCACGGACUCAACUACACCCCGCUGCUCUACUCCAGGGGCAACCCGGGCAUCAUGUCCCCGCUGGCCAAGAAAAAGCUUCUGUCCCAGGUGAGCGGGGCCAGCCUCUCCAGCAGCUACCCCUACGGCUCGCCGCCCCCUUUGAUCAGCAAGAAGAAGCUGAUCGCCAGGGACGAGCUGUGCUCGGGCCUGGCCCAGGCCCACCACGGCCAGAGCACGGACCACGCGGCGGUCAGCCGGCCCUCGGUGAUCCAGCAUGUGCAGAGCUUCCGCAGCAAGCCCUCCGAGGACAGGAAGAGCAUUGGCGACAUCUUCAAGCACGACAAGCUGAGCCGAUCGGACCCCCACCGCUGCAGCUUCUCCAAGCACCACCUCGGCCCCCUCGCCGACUCCUACGUCCUGAAACAGGAGCUCCAGGAGGGCAAGGAGAAGCUGCUGGAGAAGAGGGCACUCCCCCACGCCCAUAUGCCCAGCUUCCUGGCCGACUUCUACUCCUCCCCGCACCUCCACAGCCUCUACCGACACACGGAGCAUCACCUUCACAACGAGCAGUCCUCCAAGUACGCGUGCAGGGACCACCUGUACAGGGAGUCGGAGAACAGUUCUUUCUCUUCCCACAAACACCAAGACAAGCUCCACGGGAGCUAUCUCUCGUCCCUGCACCUGCAGGACAAGAAGUCGGCCACCGCCGAGGCCACCACGGACGAUCAGCCCACGGACCUGAGCCUCCCCAAGAACCCGCACAAACCCACCGGCAAGGUCCUGGGCCUGGCCCACGCGGCCCCGGGGCCCCAGGAGAGCAAAGGCGCCUCCCAGUUCCAGGUCCUCAACAGCCACAGCCGAGACUGUCACCCCAAGGCCUGCCGGGUGUCCCCGAUGACCAUGUCGGCGGCUCCUAAGAAAUACCAGGAGACGCUUUCGAGAUCCGCAAAGCCCCACCACGUGAGGCUGGAGAACUUCAGGAAGAUGGAAGGCAUGGUGCACCCCAUCCUGCACCGCAAAAUGAGCCCGCAGAACAUCGGAGCGGCGCGCCCCAUAAAGCGCAGCCUGGAGGACCUGGACCUGGUGAUCGCCGGGAAGAAGGCCCGGGCCGUGUCCCCCCUGGACCCCUCCAAGGAGGUGUCUGCGAAGGAGAAGGCCUGCGAGCAGGAGAGCGAAGGCGGCAAGGCGGCCCACGGGGGGCGUUCGGGGGGCGCCUCGGAAGGCCACAAGCUGCCCCUCUCGUCCCCUAUCUUCCCAGGUUUGUAUUCCGGGAGCCUGUGUAACUCGGGCCUCAGCUCCCGGCUCCCGGCAGGGUAUUCUCACUCUCUGCAGUACUUGAAAAACCAGACUGUGCUUUCCCCGCUCAUGCAGCCCCUGGCUUUCCACUCGCUCGUGAUGCAAAGAGGCAUCUUCACGUCGCCCACCAACUCCCAGCAGCUGUACAGACACCUGGCCGCGGCCACGCCAGUCGGAAACUCGUACGGGGACCUCUUGCACAACAGCAUUUACCCUUUAGCUGCUAUAAACCCUCAAGCCGCCUUCCCGUCUUCUCAGCUGUCAUCCGUACACCCCAGUACGAAACUGUAA